UAACUGCACACCACAGGCAUGAAGCUAUAGUUAAAAAAAAAAAAAAAAAAAAAAAGUAAAUUUAAGUUUACAAGUUUUCAAACUAUGACUAAAUAACGGACCUACAUGAUUUAGAAGUAACCGCUGAAGUUGAAUCUGGAUGUCUGCCUGACAACAAUCAAGGAAAGAAAAUCAAUUGACUAGUUAGCCAUGGCAGCGGAAUUAGACCUUGUGAAUUUGUUUAUAAUUGCUGGGGGCACACUGGCUAUUCCCCUUUUGGCGUUCGUCGCUUCCUUCCUUCUGUGGCCCUCGGCGCUCAUCAAAGUCUACUACUGGUACUGGAGGAGGACUCUGGGCCUCCAAAUUCGCUAUGCUGACUGUGGAGGCUACCGCUUCUGUUACUCGUGCCGAGGAAAGCCCGGAAUGAGGCCUUCCAUUUUGAUGCUGCACGGCUUCUCCGCUCACAAAGACACCUGGCUCACGCUUGUCAAGUACCUUCCAAAACAUCUGCACAUUGUGUGCGUGGAUAUGCCAGGCCACGAGGGAACCACACGCGCCAACGCAGAAGAUUAUUCCAUUGUGGGCCAGGCCAAGAGGAUUCAUCAGUUCGUGGAAACCAUUCGCUUAAACCGGAAAGCGUUCCAUGUGGUAGGGACUUCCAUGGGAGGAAACGUAGCAGGGGUGUACGCCGCUGCCUACCCUACUGAAAUUUCCAGCAUGACUCUCAUUUGUCCAGAUGGGAUCAAACACCCCUGUGAGACUAAAUUCGAUAAUCAUCUGCAAGAUCUGGAGCGUAGCAAUUACACUCUGAAUAUCCCACUGAUCCCGACCACACCUGAGGAGAUGGAGGACAUGUUCAGACUCUGUUCUCACGUUCGCUUCAAAAUACCUCAGCAGAUUCUUCAAGGACUGGUUGAUGUCCGAGAGCCUCACAACACGUUUUAUGAAGAAGUGUUUCUCGAGAUUGUUAGUGAGAAAUCCAGAUAUGCGUUACAGGAACACUUGCAUCUCAUCACUGCACCCGUGCAGGUGAUAUGGGGCAAACAGGACCAGGUGGUGGAUGUGUCUGGAGCCAUAGUUAUUGCAGAAAUCUUGCCAGGAUGCAGAGUGGACCUGCUGGAGAACUGUGGUCACUCUGUGGUGAUGGAGAAGCCGUGUCGCACAGCCAAACUCAUUCUAGAAUUUAUUAUCCUGCAGCAAGAAGCAAGAGGCGGCACAAAGAAGUCAUCCUGAAAUCAAAUUCUUCUUUCUGCGUGCGUGCGUGUGUGCUUUUGUGCUGUUCGCUUCACUGGUUCCAUAUUGUACUACAAAUGCAAAAGCACGAAGGUAAAGUCAGCUUCAAUAAUGUUCCAAUUCUAUG